AGGGGGUACGCGCGCGCGCAGAGGGCCCCCCCCACCCUCCCGUCCCGCGCACGCGCCCUUCCCGCCCCUUACAUAACGAGGUUCUGGAAGGUUCUUCCCCGCCCUCAGUCGCGGCUCUCAGCGGCAGCGGGCGGAGGUUGCUUGGAGAGCUGCGUCUUCUGAAGCUUCCCAGCGGCUUUUUUUUUUUAUUUUUUUUUUUCGUGUUUUGCCUUUGUUUUCCUGGCUAGAAGGAGCCCGGGCGGUCGCUCGCAAUGGGGGUGACUCACGAAGCGGGGCUGUCUCCUCAGGCGUCGCCACUGGAGCAGGAUCCGUGCGGGGGGAGCCCGGCUGGAUGGAGCCGAGGCUCUCAAGUGACUCCUGGGACCCAGCACCGGGGCUGUCCGGCGGCUCCCAGUGGAACAGAAACGGGGCAUUGCAGAACCCCAGUAAACCCAGAACCAGCUGCUGAAACCAACUGCAAGGAGAAAACCGUGGUUAAGAAAACUGAGGAUAUGACAGACUUCAUGGAUGAUUUAACCCUCAGCUCCCCAAAGAAACGAGAGUCAUCUGUGAGGUCCAGGAGGAGUUGUCCUCGGUCAUCCAGAAGGUCAUCCAGCAGAUCCUCUUGCAGUUCAGGGUCCAGUUCAAGUAGUUCCUCUUCAACUUCUGCCAGGAGCUGGAGCCGCUCCAGAUCGAGAUCAAGAUCAUGGGCAAGAAGAAGGAGCUCCCGGAGGCACAGGAGAUAUUCCCGCUCCUACUCCAGGAGCCGCUCCAGGUCCCGUGGUUACCUGAGGUACCGGGGCAGGUACCGGGGCAGACACUACAGGAGGUACCCCCGCUCUCCUCCGAGGUACAGAUCCCGCAGCAGGUCCUGGUCUCGUGGGAGAUCCUAUUACAGAAGAUCCUAUUCCAGAAGCAGAUCCCGUUCCAGAGGCCGAAGAUACUAUGGAUUUGGGAGAACAAUCUAUCCAGAGGCUUACAGGAGCUGGAGAAGCAGGUCACGGACAAGAUCUCGGAGUAGAUCACCUCUCCAUUUGAGUGAAAAAGAGAAGAGAGAACUCUUGGAAAUUGCCAAAGCUAAUGCUGCAAAAGCUCUGGGAACAGAUAACAUAAUCUUGCCAGCAAGCUUGAAGAUCCUUCCUCCUUCCAAAGAGAUAAAAAAUGAAAAACAAGAGCAGGAAGAUCCUGACGAGUCAGCUGAGCAACCCAGAAGAGUGGCAGAGGACAUGACCAAGAGUGGAGUGGAGAGAGCAGCCAUACAGAGGAGCAUUUCUUUCAGUCCUAAUAAUACAAUGGCCAAACCAGUACUACAGAAACCGAUGAGCCAUGUUGUUAAGGAACCUGCAGUUUCUCCAGGAAGAGAAGAGGAGAGAAAGGGAAGUCCCUAUGGGCAAUGGGUUCCUGUCAAGAAGGAGGAGAAGAAAACAUUUUUGAACUUCUCACCUAAAAGUGCACCCUUCAGGGCACGUUAAUGUGAUUUUUUUUUUUUUUUUCUGGCUGUCUCUGGCUGCAGCAUUAUGAAUACUUGAGUAGUGAGAGCUGACAUCUCCUUAUCAGGUUGAAGACUUGUUAAUACUGUGUAUUUAUGAGGUCUUAAUUUUGGAAUCCUAGGUUUCUCUUUCAGAUGUAGAGCACAGUGAUCCAGAAGCCACAGGAGGAAAUCUUGUGUAUAUUUGUAAAUAUUUUGUAUUGCUUUAAAGGACUAGAACUUAACAGGUGGGUAACUUUUUCUAAACAGUAGUUCUGUUAGCUGUUAUUUUGAACACUUGAUUUACAUUGUGUAACUGUUAUUUCAAGUAAAUAAAGUUUAGUUUUCCACUUGCUUCUCACUGUGUCAGAUAUUAGUUGAGCUUGUCCUGGAAGUGGUUAUUUCCAGGUUUAGUGGGAAGCAGCAUUGUGACACUGCCUGUAACUGUUCCCAGCUCCAGAAUUUAGGAGUACAGUGCACGUAGCUCCAUGGCUCACCACCACCUUUAUGAAGAAAAGUAUUGCAAGUAAGUUGCAUGGAUUUGGAAGCAAUUAAACUUUUUUUAAUUGUGAAAAUGUUUAUUAAAAUAAACUGGCUUUGACUCCUU